UGCAAAUAUGAUAUUUAUGAAAAUUUUACGUAUAAAAUGUUAAAAAAAUAUAAAAGAAGAACUUCUUCAACGUUUUUAUUUUAAAUUAUGUUGAUUUUUAGCAAUUAUUACGAAUUAAAAUUACGUUAAACGAAACGCAUUUCAAAACACCAAUCAGCGUUCAGUGACGUCACUCGUGCUGUGUCAACUUUUAGAAGUUAACUUUGCGAUUAAUAGGCAGUAGUGCUUUAUUUACGUAUUAUUUACGUUUUUAAUAAAAAUGGAAGUUAGAUUUAAUAAAACAGACUCCAAAAAUUUACCAAAAAAAAUUUUUUUGUCGUGAGUGCAGAGUUUUCAAGUGUAGAAAUGAAAGGCACUAAAUUAGUACGGUAUGCAUGAAUGUUUUUAAACGUUGUUUGCAUUUUAUUCAGCAAUUUCUAAACAUAGCAGUUAUAAUUUAGCUCAACGAGAGAAUCUUACGGCGAUAACGCAAUCGGUUAUAUGCAAAUUAAAAGAGAUGGAGAUGGAUUAAUUAUGUACAGUGAAAAGUCGAGUUACUCCAGAGCACAAAGUACGAAAAGAAGGUUAUCGUGUUACAGCUGUAAUAAAUGAAGCACAAAGCUUAGUUCUGUCCUGCCAAUGCGAAGAUUGUGCAGCUUCUGCAGGUCAAGUAUUACGACAUUAAUGAAUAAUUAAACUGUUCAUAAAGAAGAUUAUUUUAAAUGCUAUGAGGUAUUUAUUAUCAUGACUAAAACUUUAUCAUAUACAAGUGGGUGCAAGCAUGCUGCUGCACUAUUGCUAUGGUGCACAGAAGGUCUGAGCAGCCUCUAAUUACGUCCGUCACAUGCUAUUGGAAGAAGUCGAAAUUAUCUACAUGUGCUUCUGGAAAAUCUGUCAUAAAAGCCAAAGAAAUGGGUCAAGUUUCAGUCACAGUUUCUCUCAAGUGGAUAUUUUAUAAGAAUUUGUAGAUGCUGUCAAUAAAAAAGAUUGUCAGGGAAGUAUUCUUCUUCGUGUGUUCAAGCUUGAUUGGAAAGUUGGACUCUCCAGAAUCAUUUCUUGAAGCAUUAUCAAAGCAAAUGACCACUGAUAAUAUAAAUAUGGUAUUUUCCACCACCAAACAUCAAAGUGAUUCACCAAUGUGGUUUGAAUUGAGGUACAGCAGAAUUACUGGCUCAACUCUUUAUGAAGCCGCUCACUGUAGAACAAUAAAUGGUUCCCUUCUGAACGCAAUUAUGGGAGAACAUUCAAAAUUUACUUCCAUUGCGAUGAGUAGAGGGAAAAUACUAGAAAAAAAAGUUCUCAAAGUAGUAAGCAAGAAAGAAAAGAUUGAAAUUGAAGAAGCUGGACUACUUCUUAAUGCCGAGUAUCCUAUUUUUGGAGCAACACCUGACGGGCUUACUGAAAAUUAUACAAUAGAAGUCAAAUAUCCUUCAACCGAAGCUGCCAUACUUUCCUAUGUGAAAUACAAUAAAAUAACACCAAAAUGUUGUGUGCCAUAUGAUAACAGCAUUGUAUCUGUAAUGAAUAUUGCAAAGAAAUUCUGGAUAGAUGCUGUAUUUCCGAAAUUAAAAGAUAUAUAUAAUAUAUAAGCACAUUUUUUUGUUUUUCAUAAAUUUAUUAAAUAUUUCAUAAAUUUAUUAAAUAAAACUAUGCUUCGAAAAUAUUGUUUUUUAUUCAAUUUUAAUUAAAGGUGAUUAACAAGUGCACAACAAAUGAUUAUACUAUAGUCUAUUUGGGGUAUGAGAAAAUGAUCUACACAGGCAUUUAGAAACUUUGUAAAAGUAGAUGGACACAUAGGCACAAAACAUGAAUCAACACGACUUUUAUCCGAAUUUUUUCGGUAUUAUGUCUUGUGAUCACUUGAUGUGGAUGGAUAUUCCAUUUUAAAUUAUUACAAAAAACUUAGUGGAAAGUCGAGAAAAUUUGCAAUUUAUGAUAAUCAACCAGUGUUUCAACUAUAAAAAUUUUCUUUCCCCAUGCCUCAAUUCCGAUUUCCCCUUUUCAGAACUUUUUUCCCCUCAAAAAUUAUUUUGCUGUAGUUUUGGCACUUUUGUUGUAACUAAAAGUUUAAUUUUUAAAUAUAUUUUUUAUAAAUAUAUACGGGACAAAUUACACUGAUUGAGUUAGCCUCGAAGUAAGUUCGAGACUGUGUUACGAGAUACUAACUCAACGAUACUUUGUAUAUUUUAUAAUAAAUACUUAUAUAGAUAAACAUCCAAGACCCAAACCAAUCAGAAAAAGUUCUUUUCUCAUCAUGCCCUGACCGGGAUUCGAACCCGGGACCUCUGGUGUCACAGACAGGCGUACUACCGCUGCGCCAAAGAGGCCGUCGAUAUAAUUUUAUAUAUAAUAAAAAUUAAUAUAUGAUUACCUAAAAUUUCCCCUUUUUCUUCCCCUCUGGACCCUGAUUACCCCUUAAAAGGGGAAUUUCCCCUCAUUGUGGAAACACUGUAAUCAACGAAGGCAAGCACGACCAGUGUCAGACACGUGUGACGUCAUUGGAAGUGUAGGUCCGUUUUGGCGCGAAAAUUUAAACGAUCAGUUUAAAGCCGCAUUUUUUUACGAUAAAUUAGAUUGUUUUAAUUUUUUUAAUAUGUUAAGACCUAUUUUACAUGGAAUUCUUUAAAAUGAAAUCAAAACUAAAAUUAUUGCAUGUUCCCUAUUGAA